CUGAUGACGCUGGCCGGACUUAACGCGUUCUAUCAUCUCCGGGGAAUUUCUAACGUGGCCCGAAUUAAUUCCGUAAUGUUACACAAACCGGACGCCGGAUCGCGAGUGCUUCCAGACUCUGGUAAGGUCACGUGGCUGACGUUUCAGAACAACAUUUGAAUGUCGACUGCAAAUAUGGAAUGUUUUGUGUAGUCAAAUCUUUUCGUCGAAGUCUUGCUUCUUCUCGAACUGGGCACUUCUGAGCACUUCAUUCAAACUCGGAUCAUACUCUUACACAUUCGCCAUGGACUCUUUCCUGAGCAAUCUGCCUCUAGAAACAAUCACUCGCGUUGCACUCAGGCUCAUAGGCAGUGCAACGCUAGUGCUUGCAAUCAUCUCAUGGCGUUACUAUUCAUUUCGCAGACGUCUUCCUCCUGGUCCUCGUGGUCUGCCACUCGUGGGCAAUCUCUUGGAGAUGCCAAAGAGUCACCCGUGGCUCACACACACCGAACUCCACAAGAAGCAUGGACCGAUUUUUAGUAUGCAAUUUGGCACCAGCACAGUCAUCUUCCUUGGCACGUAUGGGGCUGCUCGUGAUCUUCUCGAGAAGCGCAGCAAUAUCUACAGCUCACGUCCUCGCUCUGUCAUGGUCGGAGAAUGCAUAAGUCAGGGUAACCGAUCUCUGAUCUUGCCAUACGGUGAGCAAUGGCGAGGCUAUCGUCGCCUACAGGGUUCUUUUCUUAGCCCUCGAAUGUCCAACACCUAUCGAGAGCUUCAAGAUCUGGAGAGUAAGCAGCUUGUAUCCGAGUUCCUCACCCGAGACGACUUCUUCAAGCGGUACCAUCGAUAUUCGUCUAGCUUGACAUUUGCUUUGGCAUAUGGCAAGCGAAUGCCCACUGGUCAAGAAGAAGAAGUCAAAGGGGUAGAACUGAUCAUGGACAACCUGAACAACGCUUUUAUCACGAAUUGGAUCGUCGAUUCUCUUCCCUUUCUGAACCGCCUACCGAAGUUUAUGAAGCCUUGGCAGAGAAUUGCGGACUUCCUAGGCGACGAGGAACGAGACUUCUUCACCAUGAUACGCAGCGGCGCGACCCAGCGUAGAGGCUACAACUGGUGCAAAGACAUUCUUACUAUGAAAGAGCAUAAAGCACUCACCGAUACUCAACUGUCCUACGUUAUCGGCAACACGUAUGAAGCUGGAGCGGACACUACGACUAUGACUCUACAAGUGUUUACACUCGCAUGCGUGUUGCAUCAGGACAAGGUCAAGAUCCUACAAGACGAAAUCGACCGUGUCGUUGGCCGCGAUCGUCUUCCAACCUUUGAAGACACCGAAAAAAUGCCCUAUCUGCUUGCAUUUGUCAAGGAGGUUCACAGAUGGCGUCCGGUGCUACCUGGCGGAGUGCCACACGCGGUAACCGAGGAUGAUAAUUACAUGGGAUACCACAUUCCCAAAGGUUCAACCAUCGUCGGCGGCCACUGGGCCAUUUCAAUGGACGAAGAAUUGUAUCCAAAUCCGGACAAGUUUGAGCCGGAGCGUUUCCUCGAGAAUCCUGACUUGCCAUUCUCUCAAUUUGGGUUUGGUCGCCGGAAGUGUAUUGGUCAAUACAUUGGCAACAACUCCAUGAUGAUCAAUGUUUCACGUAUGCUCUGGGCCUAUAACAUUACGAAAGGCUGGGAGAUUGUGGAUGGCAAAAAGGUGGAGGCAAAUGUCGGUCGCUUUGAUUUCGUCUCUGGCUUCAACUCCCCUCCGUUACCCUUCAAGGCAGCUUUCAUUCCCCGUGAAGACAAGGUGAGAGAUAUCCUUCAGAGGGAAUUCAAGCAAGCGGAGAAAAGCACUGAGGCUAUUCUUGAGCGCAUCGAGAAAGCUCAGCAAAUCCUCAAAGAAGGCGAACCGACCACAGCUGCCGCUUGA